GACGAUGAGGUCAGAAUGUGCGACAGUGGUUGUAGUCCUCACGGAGGCGUAAACUCUAACGCUGGAUUUAGCUCUUAAUUCAUCUCUGGACGCUAAGGGUCGAACGGAGUUUGCGUCUAUAUGAUGGCGCUAAUGCUUUAAAUAUGAACUUUUAUCAAAAUGUAAUAUGGCGAUGUUUAAUUAGCUGUUAUUCGUGAGGUCGCUCGUUAGCCUAGCUUAGAUUAGCCUCCUAGCUAAGCAGCAUUGCCCAACACUGUUUUGAAAGUUAUGUAUGACAACACAGAGGAAGUCUGUAGCGGUAACACCCAGCAGUCAGUGUGACUACAGGCUGUCGUUCAUGUGUUACUGUGGUAUACUGGUUAAAUAGGGUUUCUCCGGCACUGGGACUGUCUCCGAAGCGUUUCCAACAUGUUGAACAUCCCGACCCAGUCGUUCCCUGCGCCGAGCUCCCAGCAGCGGGUCUCAGCCGCCGGUCAGUCCGGGAGGAGCAAGGUGGCCUUGAAGCCCGGUCACAGUCUCAUGGACUGGGUCCGCUUUGCCAAGAGUGGUAAAGACCUGACCGGGCUCAGAGGACGUCUGAUCGAAGUGACACAGGAAGAGCUUCAGAAACACAACACGAAGAACGACUGCUGGACCUGCAUUCGAGGUAUGGUGUACAACAUCACCCCCUACAUGGAUUACCACCCUGGUGGAGAAGAGGAGCUUCUGAAGGCAGCUGGGAUCGAUGGCACAGAACUCUUUGAUCAGGUUCAUCGUUGGGUGAACUAUGAGUCCAUGCUGAAGGAGUGCCUGGUGGGCAGGAUGGCCACUAAAACCACAAUUAAAGCCAUCAUCCCUCCUCUACCACUGACUGGCCUCGCCCCACCUACAUCACUGGCCCCUUCCUCCGACAAAGACUCCCGACCUCGGUACGACUGGUUCCAAACUGACGCGACUGCUCAUCUAGUCAUUUAUGCCAAAAGAAAGAUCCCCAGCUCAGGCUGUACCACUGUUGACCUCAAGGCGGGUGUUCUACGACUGGAAGUACUGCUGGGCAAAAUGUCCUACAUGAUACAUUUACGUCUCACUGAUGAAGUUGAGGAAAAUGUUUCUGUCCACAGUGCUUUCUCCGUGGGAAAGAUCCAGGUCACGUUACGGAAACGGUCUCAAGGCAAAUGGACAAGUCUCGGUCAACCACUUGAGUUCCACAACUCCUUUCUAUACAAAAAAGACAGAGCUCCCUAUUACCGGGAUUGUGUGUUGGUGUCUAAGACUGAAGUGAACCACAACACCCAUGUGUUCAGACUGCAACUCCCACGUGGGACUGUCAUGCACGUGCCUGUUGGAAAACAUGUCUACCUCAAAGGCCUCAUUCAAGACAGCGAGGUGGUGAGGCCGUACACUCCAGUAGAUGAGAACCUGGCAGCAGCCUCCCAGCGCUCCUCACAGGACUCAGAUCUCUACCUCAUGAUCAAAGUUUACCCCGAUGGAGUGUUCACUCAACACCUCAACAACAUGCACACUGGAGACCAUGUAUCCACUAGUGGUCCAGAGGGUACCUUCACUGCCCGCCCCCUCCGUGAUGUCACACACCUCUACCUACUAGCAGCAGGCACAGGAUUCACCCCGAUGGCUCGCCUCAUCCAACUGGCCCAGGACGUCGACACCAUCAGAAAAACCAAGCUUCUCUUUUUUAACCGGCGGGAAGAGGACAUCUUUUGGCGCCGUGACCUGGAUGAACUGGCUGCUAACAAUGAGAGGUUUCAGGUGGAGUACGUCCUCUCUGAUCCCUGUGAGCGCUGGUCUGGCAGGACAGGUCGAGUUGAUGAGUCCAUGCUUCAGGAUUUCCUCAACAGGCCUGAUGGGUCCAAAAGCUACGUGUGUGUGUGUGGCCCCUCUGCCUUCACAGAACUCACCAUGGGGUUGUUGAAGCAGCAGGGCUUCAGUGAAGCGGAGCUCCACGCAUUCUGCGGCUGAUGUGCUCCACCCUGAAAAGACUGCGUGUGCCUGCGAGGGAGAACGAGAGCGAUUUACUUUUAACUUAUAAACCAGUGUUUGUGAUAAAUCUAUGCACCAAGGAUGCGAUGAUGCUGACUGAAGUCAAACAGCACAGCCUGUAAAGACAAGCUGUGUGGAGCAGUUAGUAGAUUUCAUAACAUCUGAGCUGAAACAUUGUAAAUAUCAGAGUAGAAAUAAAAGCAGGGACACAGACUGAAAAGAGGAGGAAUGAAUGGGAUCAUGUAAAUUGAUGAUAUACUGUAUAUGCAAAGACAAUGAACAUGAGCCUGUUUGAGUUGCAGAGGAUCUUCUGCACACACGGUUUACGUACAUGCAGUUACAGUUACACCGCUGCAGUGCAAUAAACAUGUUGGGACAUUCUCACCACUCCCCCAAGUUUUGUUUCCUAUUUGUAAAAACGGUUUUGAUUGAGUCACAUUUUGAACCAUCUUAAAUUCAGGUUGAUCCAGCUUUAAAAAAGAGUUGAUUUGUGAACUUUUUUUCUAGAGGUGCUACCUGUACGUUUUUUUUUAAUGUUAGCAUUAACAGCAGUUUACUUAUCAUUCUAAAAGAAAUGUUAUGAAAUCGCCAUCAACAUCUCAGCUCAUCCAGCAGUGGAAAGAAAUAUUAACACUUAUUUUAGCACGCUAUCCAGCGAGCCUCCUCCUGGCCAUCACCUUAGCUGCAUUAAACUUUAGGGAAUUUCACACAUUUUCUGGGGAGUGAGCGCAGUUGUCUGAGUAUCCAGAUAAUGUGAUAAAACUGCAGGAGAUCCUCCACAGGAUUUACCGCAAGAUGACGUUUCUGAUGAUGGACACAAAAUUAACAUUGCGUUAGUGGGAAGUAGCAUCAUGGGGAUUAUUUGACCUCACAACCUGCUGCUGGAGCUGAGCAGGUGGAAUUCGUUCUGCAGCACACGGCUGCUUUUCGUGCACCAAAAACAUCCCAUGAUCUGGAGUGUGAAUGAAGACAGGUUCUGAAUACUUUUGUAAAAGAGAGGUUCGUUUUUUUUUUUAAAUAAAUUACAUUUGUAAAAGUUUUCAAUUUGUCCUAAUGGGUUAUUGUGUGUCGAUGUACACUUUAUACAUUUAAAAUGAAAAUGUAUAAUAAAAUGCUAAAAUUAAA